AUGACGUGGCAGAGGGGCAUGGGCCAGGUCUAUGCUGACGGCUAUGCCGUAGGCAUAUCUCUUCCACACAAUGAUCCCCCACUCCCUCGGAUCGAUGACGUAUGGACGACGGGACCCUUUGGCUACCUUGACCCCGAGAGCUUCAUCAGCCACCUCCUCACUGACAAGAGCGACGUCUACAGCCUCGGGGUCGUUCUGUUUGAGCUGAUGACGAGAAAGAAAGCUCUGUACACCGAUGAUAACUCCAGCGAGAAGAGAUCAUUGUCCCAUAAUUUUCUCCUUAUGUUUCACCAAAACAAGCACCAAACAAUGCUGGACUCUAAGAUCGCAGACGAUGCUGCGGCCAUGGUCAUCGUCGAGAAGCUUAUCAUCCUCACCAUUCAGUGCCUGAGCGUGAGAGGGGAGGACAGAUCGACGAUGAUGAAGGAAGUCACGGAGCGGCUGCAGGUGCUGUGGAGACACCAGAUACAUACUUCCAGUGCUGGCAAAUACGGUCGUGACUUCGAUAGGAACUAUGGAAGAUGGUUGUCGUUUGUAAUUCUUCCUUUUGACGAGAUGACAGACGGGAGCUUGGAGAUGUGCAAACUGGUGCUGGACAUAUAG